UUAGCCAAAAAUGUUAUAACUAAAAAACUAAGGCGGGAAUCGCCAUUGCCUUCCUCUGGAAGCUUCAAACAGCUCAAAGUUGUUACCUUGAUUGAGUCUCCAUCACUGCACGCCGCCAUGGAAUCGGAAAAUCCGCGGCAGACCUGCUUGAAGCUGGAAAUUCCGAGCAGCGACGAGUCGGAGCCCCGACGCGUGGAGCGGGUCUUCGUCAAAGGCACGUGGUUCCCUUCUCGCUUCGACCUCUCCAUCACCAACGGCCUCCACGGUUGGAUUUGCAAUGCUUCGGAGGAGGAGGUUGAAGAGAGAGCGUCUCAGUGGGACCAGCCGGUUUCGGAAUACAUCGACAUGGCCGAGAAGUACUUAGGGUUUCAACAGCCGGGUUCAGUUUACGGGUUCUCUGAUGCCGGUGCUGGGCACAGAAGAUUGUCAUGGACAUUUGAGAAGGAAGGUACGAAGUUGGAGUGGCGGUGGAAAUGCAAACCACCGCCUGAUAGCAAGAACACUACUGCUGACAUCUUGGAUUUUCUUAUGGAUGCAAACAUACAACUGAGUGAGGAAGUUCUCAACAAAACCCAGGCAUUUGAGCGGCUACAAAUUGAGGCUGGAAAAUGUUUAGCCCAAAGUGAGAAACUUGUUAAAGAGAAGGAAGAAUUUGAAUCCGCAAUAUAUGCAAAGUUCCUUGGAGUACUGAAUUCAAAGAAAGCCAAACUGAGAGAGCUUCGUGAUAGGCUUCCAAAUAAAGCACCUUGUAAGCAAGCGCAAGAAGAGGAGGAAGAAGGCUCUACUGACAGAACCGAGACCUUUGACGAGGAAAGUAAUGAAGAAAAAAGCGGAGAAGAGAUGGAUAUGGAUGCCACUGGCACCUCCAAGGAUACUCAAACCAAAAAAGGUCAUGGUAGAAACAGAAAGUAAGAAUUCAUGGCCGGAGCUGGUGGGGGUGGAAGCUGAGAUAGCUAAAGCUACCAUUGAGAGGGAAAACAACUUAGUCACUGCUAUAAUCGUUUUCCAACAAUGUGGAGUGCCAGAAGACUUCAGGUGCAAUAGGGU